GUGUUUCCGGGAUUCAGAAAUGUUUCUGUAAAGGAGCGCGGUCCCUAACGAAACACGGGUAGUGGUGGGGGCCUCGUCCAGAUUACUAUUACCCACCAAAUAGCCUAAAGGUUGCACCGCAAAACGACGCCCGUUUGAUUGCUUUCUUCUCUCUGCUUGACGAUUUGCAAACUUGGAUUCUCUGUGUGGCUCCGCCGACCGUUAAAUCUCGCAAACAAACCGUUAGCUUAAGUAGCGAGCUUUCCAUUAGCUGCCAUGUCGGGUGUUGUGCGAGGCCCCGCUGGGAACAACGACUGCCGGAUAUAUGUGGGGAAUCUUCCUCCUGAUAUUCGCACAAAAGACGUGGAAGACGUGUUCUACAAAUACGGGACAAUUCGAGAUAUUGAUCUGAAGAACCGGAGAGGGGGGCCGCCGUUUGCCUUCAUUGAAUUCGAGGACCCCAGAGACGCUGAUGAUGCAGUUUAUGGGCGGGAUGGUUAUGAUUAUGACGGCUACAGGCUGCGUGUGGAGUUUCCUCGGAGCGGUAGGGGCUCGAGAGGCGGGUUUGGUGGCAUCGGUGGAGCUCCCAGGGGCAGAUACGGGCCCCCGUCCAGACGCUCCGAGUACAGGGUCAUUGUGUCGGGACUCCCUCAGAGCGGCAGCUGGCAGGACCUGAAGGACCACAUGCGUGAAGCAGGCGACGUUUGCUACGCCGACGUUUUCAGAGACGGAACCGGCGUUGUAGAAUUUGUGCGCAAAGAAGACAUGACCUAUGCCGUCCGAAAGCUGGACAACACCAAAUUCCGCUCGCACGAGGGAGAGACUGCUUACAUUCGUGUGAAAUUAGACGGUCCCCGCAGCCCAAGUUAUGGAAGAUCACGCUCCCGCAGCCGUGGCAGUCGGAGCAGGAGCCGCAGUCGCAGCGCCAGCCGCAGUCGCAGCAAUUCCCGGGGCCGUGGCAGAGGAUCGCCCCGCUACUCGCCUCGUCACAGCCGCUCUCGAUCCCGUUCUUAAACCUUUCUACCACCGAUGUGUUGCUCUUUUGAUGUAUACCCUCCUGUUUUUACCUCCUUAUGAGUUUCUCCUAAUGUCGGCAAUUGAUUUUUUAAAAUUUUUGCAUUUCAUGUCCCGAUGUCCUUGUGGGUGAUCAUGGUAUGUAGAUACCCCCCCCUUUCGCCUUUUAACACCCCACCCUCUCCAGCUGGUUUGUCAUUUUGUUUUCUCCCUCCCUCUCUCUCUCUCCCUUUCUUUCUGUCCUCUGAAUUUUUGCAACAUUAGGAAUUGUGCUGUGUUGAACUUCAAAAAUGUUGAGUUGUCAUAAACUGCACUCAAUGUUUUUGCAAGUGUUGAAAAUUUAGUUUUACUUUUGUUUAUUUUAAAAACAACACAGCUUUUCUUAUUGGAUAUGUGGGGUGGGCUGUUUGGUUGGGGAGCCCAAUGCUUAACUGUAUUUUACCCUUGUGUCUUCCUUUAGACAUCUGAAGAGAAGGAUUAAAGUGAUUUGGAAUAAAA